CCCCUUUUACAAAAGAAUGAUUCCCAUCUCUUCCUUUUCUUUACUUAACUAACUCCCUCCUUUAACCACUUCCAUUUUGGUUCUUCUUGGCUUUUCUUUCCCUCUUUCAGCAAUGGAGCAUCGAGAUCAGAGGCAAAAGAGCCAUGGAGUUCAUGUUUGCAACAAAUGUGGAUGGCACUUUCCUAACCCUCAUCCGAGCGCCAAACGUAGGCGUGCUCACAAGAGGGUUUGUGGAACGAUUGAAGGGUUCAAGUUGGUUGAGUCUGAGGCUAACACGCUUGUGACUGUUUCAGAUGAUGAUGGCGAUCAUAAAACCUCCAGUUCCAAAGUCUUGGGAGGAUGUUACAGUGACAAGGGUGUCGAUGGAACGAAAACAAAAUCAAAGGCAUCCGAAGAUGAAAUGUUUUCAGAUGCUGUUGCAGAGUUUUCAGAGGAGGUACGACCAAACAAGUCCAUGGGAGAUGCUUUGGAUCCAGUAAGCACGUCGAAGAUGGCGAUGGAAGAUGAAAUGAGUAGCUCCCGAACUUUGAAAGACAGAGAAGUUCUUGCUGACAACCGAAUAGUGGAAAGUUCAGUUGUUGCAGAAGCUGCCAUCAAUCAGUCUGGAAGUGAUCAAGAAAACAAAAGUAAUCAAGAAUUUGUAAAUCUUGAGACCGACUGUGGAACUGCAUCGUCAAGUUCUUCAACUGUUGCACAAACUGCUAUCGAUCGGUCGGGAAAUGAGCAGGAAGCCAAAAUUAAUCAAGAACUUGUGGAUCUCGAGACUGAUUUCGGAACUCCAUCAUCGAGCUCUUCAACUGAAAACCAGCAAGUGGAAAGUUCAGCUGUUGCAGAAACUACCGUCAAGCAGUCAGGAACAGAGCAGGACACCAAAAUUAAUCAAGACUUUGGGAAUCUUGAGACCAACUUUAGAACUGGGAAUUCAGUGAUUCCACCCAUUGAUCAUGUGAAUACUACUACUACAGGUGACUCGUACCUUAAUGAACCCGAAACGAUAGUACCUGCUCUGCAACAAGAGUGGAACAUUGAUAGUGUUGAAAACAUGCCUGAUAGAAGAUAUGAUGAAAAGAAAAACGAGGACGUCGACUUGUGUAAGAAUUUGACAGAAACCGCAGCAUCAACGGUAAAAACUGAUAAUGAUAAAUCGGAGCCGUUAUCGGAGCUGGAAGAAACCAUCGAGAUACCUAGAGAGCCUCUUCAAUCAGUGGCUAACUAUGACAUGUCCAACCAUUCUGAAAUGCCCCAGAGUGUUGUUUCAGAUGUUAAACCCAUUGGUUUGACUCGAGUGUUGUCUGAUGCUCAAAAAGAACUCGAAUCUUGCAGUUCUAACAACUUACUAGAGACCAAUAAAAUAAAAGAAGAGAACGAUAAUGUGCAUCUGCCUUCUGUGUCGAGUGACUUGAACAUUGUCGACCAUCCUGAGGCUUCGGUUGAAGAUUCAAAGGAUCAUGAUCAUAAGGAGGUUGAAUCAACCAAUUGUUUUGUACAUGACCCUCAUGAGAGUUGUAUUACAUUGCAGGCCGAGCCAUUUGAUCAAACUUCCGAAGUAGCUUCUUUUGACACGAAAACUGUGGAAAAUAGGCAAAAACAGGAAAGUGGAGUCGAGAAUGUGUCGGUUGAUACGAAAGCCGAAGAAGUUCCCAUUCAAGACGUGAAUGCAGCUCAGAUUAAAGGUAUGCUCGGUGAAAAUGAAAAGUAUGAUAAGAAUCUAACCAUCAGUGACGCUACAAAUUUUGGGAUAGAUAGUAUUCCUUCAGAAGUCCUAGGGAUUGAUUCCACACCUGAAUCUACCACUAACGGCAGGGAGAACAAAUGCAUUGUUGUUGCAGAAGAGAUAGCUGAUGAAUCCGCUAGAACGAUAUCUCUGACCGAAAGCACGGACUCGAGAAAAUUUAGCGUUAGUUUAGCUCCAGAGACUCGGGAAAGUGUAAAAGAAGAUGAUCAUAGUAAUGAAUCUGUCACUGGAAGAUCAGACUCUCUUCAGGAUGGUAGUGUGGUUCAGCUUGCUGGAGUCGGAAAUCGAAUUGCUUCUGAAACUGGGAAAGAUGAUGGCAUGAAAGUUGGCGUAGAACCACGGCUUACAUCGGCCAUUCUUGAUGCUUCAGUCGAUGCGAUUAGUCAAACCGACAGUCUUGAAGGCAACUGGGGGUCUGUCUCAGUGCUCUCAACUCUGUCGGAUUUACCUGCUGUUGUGGAUGGCGAAGUAACGCAGCAAGCACGAACCGAAGCAGAGGAAACCAUCUUGAAGAAGGCCAAUGCUGCAACCGAAGGACAACAUUCUAACAGAUCUGAUAUGUUUGAGGCACCAUCUUUUAUGACGUUGGUUGAACCUAAUGGUGGAGGAAUCCAACAAAACUCGGGCACGCGAGAGCAGCCGAAUUCUGCAUCGCUGCAAGCUGGCUGGUUUCCAUCUUAUACUCAUGUUGCAAACGACUCACCGGGAAAGAAGAAGAACGAGGCGAUUAUCGCCAAGGUAACGAACUGGAGUGCUGGAAAGCCACACACUGCUCUCAAGAACCUAUUGGAUGAUGCUGCACUUGAAAACAAACAGAAAUCGCCAACCCGAGUAGAGAAUCUGGGUUCCAUGAUUCAUAAAGAUGAAAAACCAGAUGAGAAAACGGUGAACGCCGUUACGCAGGCGAAAUCGCCUGCCUCGGAGUUGAGAAGCAGGGAGAUUGCAAAUGAGUGGAACUCUCCUGCAAGAUAUCCAUCAGACGUUAGGAGAGAAAGGAGAAAAGGGAGGCCAUAUUGGGCUCAAUUUGUAUGCUGUUCUUCAGUGCAUUAGUAGAGUAGAUUGUUAUUUAGCUGUAUGAUCUUCUACUGCUAUAGAUUUCUCCAUGUCCUUUUUUGUCUGCUAAAUUUUAGGAUCCUCUGCUUUCCGUGGCAAAUGUUGGCUUUUUUUUUUUUUUUUUCCGUUCUAGAGUCAUAUUUUAUUCUCUUAUGUUUGGUUUAUAAAUGGACAUUCUUAAGUGAGAUCUUAUAAUAAAUGGUUGUCAGUAGCCUACA